CUCAGCAGUCGUGAACUCCGAGUAGGGAGUCUUGUAGCUGGGAGUUGGGUCUCUUAUUCUGGGUUAUUCCAGACCAGCUUACACUAUGCCGCGCAUCCGAGAUCGUGCCCCGUGAUAGCGCUUACAUAAUUAGUCUAAAAGCCAUAACAGAGUGUGCAUAACUCUAUUUGCUAUACGCAAACUCAACACAAUUUUUCUUCCUCGCAGAUCCCGAGACUCACGUCGAGCAGCAAUACCAAGCCCAGCAAUUGAGCGGCGUACAGCACAGAACACGCAUAACGGAUAUGAGCCUGCCAGUAGCCAGACGGGCCGCUAUUACGGGUGCGCGACGGAUAGCAGCGACGUCGAGUGUGUCGCUGCCGACGACGGUCGCGACUGUUCAGGUUAGAUGCCGGGUCUUGCGUCCGACGCUUACUUCACCCGCACACAGAUUAUUUUCGUCGUCGAGAUACUCACGGAAUGAAGAGAAGAAGUCACUGGAGGAGGAGGUUGGAAGUCCGGUUGGAGAUGUGCUGGCGAGAGACGCCGAGGGAGCGGAAGCGGCGCCGGAGGUGUUGAAGGAGGAGAACGACGCCGUUCGCGAUACUCUGGGCGAUGCCGCGCCUGAGAAGCCGGAAAGUGAGAGUGUGGUCGAGGAAGAAAUUUUGGAAGAGAAGGAAGCUGCAGAGACGAUUGAGGAUAUUGGUGAGGACGAAGGUCUUAAGCAGGGCACUCCUGUGGAAGAGCUGCUCUCUUCCAAGACCUCGGAGAAUAUCGCGGCCGCCGAAGCCUCCGAAAGACUUAUUGAGGAGGAAAAAAAGCGAAAGCACCUUGCCGAGGUGUCAUCUCAUCUGAUCAACCUGCGGACGUCUGGUCUGCGCAUCGAUGAUUACAUUGCAAAGACGGGCACGACGGUGCUCAAUGAAGUGCGCGAGAGCAUGCUGGCUGCCAGCGCCAAUGACCGCGCACGAAUUGAGGAGUUGUUGGCGAAGCGCAAGGAAGACAAGGCAAGACCGUUCGAAUACCGAACGCAGCUCGUCGAUGCGCGCAAGAGCCAACAGUUUGUUCACCAGCCCCUACAAGAUGACGAGAUUCUGUCUCAUUUGAUCAACAUGGUCAUGCGCGACGGAAAGAAGACUAUUGCUCAGAGAGUUGUUAAUGAGGCGCUGAUCAUUGUGCGUAUGCGACUCGGUCAGGAUCCGAUCGAGGUUCUCCACUACCUUGUCGAGAAGACGCAGCCUUUGGUACAGAUCAUCCGAAAGCGCGAGGGCGGAAAGACAAAGAUUAUUCCCCGCGCGCUUCGCCCACGACAGAGAGUCUGCAAGGCGCUUACAUGGCUGCUUGCCGAUGCGGCGAAGCGGCCUUCGCCGUCUUACGGAGUCCGGCUGGGCGACGCCAUCGUCUCGGUCCGCCGUGGCUGCGACACUGGAGCCUCGUUGGAGAAGAAGGACGCGAUCCACAAGAUUGCUGUCGAGAACCGGUCUUCUAUCAAGGCCACCAGACGUUAAGAGUGCGGCUGAGAGGGUUUGUCGAGUUUUUGUUUGUAUAUACGUGGAAUCGAGUACAUAAAACGAUAUGAGCAGAGUUGUAUUGAUGAUAUAAGUUCUUACAUAAUACAAUUUCCCCACAAUUUAGCGCUGGGUUGUCUGACUGCCUCAAUUAAAGCGGAGU